AUUUAUUAACAUGUUUUUUAUUUUAACUCUUUGUAAAAUACUAAUUAUAUUUUAAUAAUUAGAAAUAUGCAGAAAAUAACCUCCAACCACGCUGGCCGGGUCACAGAGGAGGAGUGUAAGAAAAUGGAUCCAACCAAAGCUGACAUUUUUAUCCUGGAAGAAUUUGCUGGAGAGAUUUUUCACUAUUUACAACGUUUCAAGUGCUUGUUACGUAUUGAACAGGUACGGCAGCAGUCAAAAGAUAUAUCGAGUAAUUUAUUAGAACGGACAAAAGACAUUGCAAGAAAGGAAAUAAAUAAUUUAGAAAAAAAUCAAGAUUCUGAUUUGAGACGUUUGCACAAUAAAAAAUUAAAUGAGAUCCAGCAGCGGUAUCAAGAUGAAAUGAAUAAUAUUGGGCUAGCUCACGAAUCUGCAUCGAUUCAGCCCCAGUCUCAGGUUAUUUUAGAAGCUGAAAAGUACAAAAACCAUGCGGUAGCUGUUGAACGUGGAAAAGAGGCGGCUCAUUUGAUCAAUGCCAAAAGUGACAAUGGUAAUACUAAACACCAAAGGUUGAAACAAGUUCGCGAGACGGAAAACUUACGCUCGGCCAUGAUAGCAGGACUACCAAAAGCUAAAUCGAAACCAAAACCACAACCACCUGUUUCUGCUAAAAAGAAAAAGCUCUUGAAAAAUUUACCGAUAAAAAGGAGAAUAAAAUCACCGCAGCAUCAAGUUAUCGUAGAAGUUCACCAGGAAGAGCCUGAGGAAGAUGUAAUAACAGAUUUUUUGUGUUUGUGCAACGAUUGUUGUACUUGUCGAAAUUCUGAAAGACACAGUGAUAAUUCAAAGUACAAUCCCGAGGACUACAGACAGCCAAAUAAUAUUGAUUUGGUCAGUACUACGUCUGUUAGCGAUGAUUCUUCUUAUUUUUCUGACAUUCCUGCACAAACUACCAACAGACCAACAACUUCUUUGACAUCUAGAAGCAAAAACACCCAGAUAACUACUCAAAAAACUCCAUUGACUGUGAAUAAAUCAAGCGAUCUUGUAGAGAGGAUCAUCAAUGUUGAGGGAGAAAUGAAUGCUCAAGAAGCUGCUCAGCAGGUUGUUCAAGAACAACCUUCUUCUCAUAAAAUUGAUGAGAAUAAAUCCAGACGUCGAGGAGUUGAUGCUCUGCUUAGAGAGAAAGUUAAACGCGAUUACAAUAAUUUGAUUAAAAAUCUCGAUAAUUUGUCUAGGGAGGAAAGAAAAUUGAAGGCUUCUAGGCACGUUGAUUCUGAGACACGGAAAUCUCAGGAGUAUCGGGAACGGGAUCGAGGAAAAACUCAAGCCGAGCUGAGAAACAAGAGAGUUGAAAAAGCAAGACAAAAACUUAUCGAUCGUGAUUUUGAUGGUAUUUUUACGGCAAGUGAACAAGACAAUCAAUUACCUGAAAGAAUAAUUACUCUGCCGCGGAAAGAAACUCAAAAAUCACCGGUUCAACAAGCUGCUUGCUGGGGGGAUCAUCAAUCAGCAGAGAGAGACGAGCCUCACGUGAUUUCAAUGAGAAAUCAACAAGAGACCGAAGUAGAGCAAAAUUUAACGCGUGAUGAACAAAUUUUAGAAAUGUUGAAAAAAGUCGAGAGGCAAAAAAAAUUAUUGCUCCAAGAAUUUGGAACUUGUUUGCCAAAUGAAAUAUUUGACGCGAGCAUGACUCCGUUAUUUAACAACAACAACAACAACAACAACAACAACAACAACAACAACAACAAUAAUAAUAAUAUUACCACCAAUCAGAGUAAAAUUCAGGAGCCUGAACGACCAGCUGCACUGUCACCAGCAGCAAGACAAUUAUCACCAGAAAUAAAAGUUAUUAAUUUGUCAAAUGUCUCUGACAAUGGAAGAAAAAUAAAAUUACGAAAAGAAAAAAGCAAUAGAAAAACAAAUAAAACGUCUGAUAGAAGUGAAAUAGCGGUUCAGACAUCUAGAACUGAAGAGGAAGGCAAGGACAAGAGUGUUCAAGUCGAAAUGUCUCCAGACAGAGCAUCCAGACUUUUAAAUAUCCAAGAUACGGUUAAACAAUCGGAUAAAUUGGAUUACGUUGAGCCAGUGGUUACGAUAAUAACUCACCCAGACAUUGCUACUCCAACAACCGAGAGGUCGCGUCGUAGCAUUGUUAUUAAUGUUGGAAAUGGUAAAAUCCAAGUUACUUCACCCUCAAAAGAUAACGAACAAGUACGAUCAGUAGCAGCAGCAGCAGCAGCAGCAGCAGCAGCACCCUCAGUAUCGAUUCCAGCUGCUAGAGAAGAUAGUCUUUUUUCACCCGAAAAUUCAAAUGCUUCAACAUCUCUGAAAAAUAAUCAAAAUCAGGUGCAGUCUACAAAAAAAAGCACCAAAUACGAGCAAAGUCCGAAUCUUUUCAAUGAAAACUUAUCCCAUAGUUCCUCGUCGUACGCCAGUUUAGGAGCAAUAAAACCCACCUCAAAUACUUCUCUUCUCAGCAACAUUACGUCGAUUCUUGAGCUGCUGGAUUUGUCAGAAAAUAACACUGUAGCUAGAAGAUUAGCAAGGUUCAACGUAUCGCCGGCAUCAACACCAGAAACUCCAUCGCCGAGAAUAAUAAAUAUGCGAUCAAACAGACCCUGUCCUGAGCGAAUUGCUAAAAUUUUAGAAUUUACAGGACUGAGUGAGCAGACCAACACCGAUACUGAUACCGGUACCGACGAUGAUACCUUAACGUCGCAGAGUCACAACAAUAAAAACAACAACAACAAUCAUAAAAAAACACGGUAUUACCUCGAAGAUAGAUUAUCCCAAGAGGAAGAACAAGUUGGUCAACAGUCGCAACUCGAUCAACAGCAGUGCAUUGAAAAUAUCCAAGUUAUUGAUGCUCUGUUGAAUCAACACCGAAACGAGGCUUCUAAAAAUAUUCCGACUAAUUUGGAAAGUAUCAAUCAAUUAAUAAAGGCGGUUGAUGAUCUUCGUCUUCAAUAUAGUCCUACAGCUCGCGAAACUACCCAAAGAGAAUUAAAUCCUGUUGAAAAUCCUAUUACAGAUAAUAAUAAUUUGAAUAAAAGUAAAACACCGCCUGUUAUUAAAUUAUCAAAAACUAAGCCGAAAAUAAUAGCUGAGGAAGUGGCUAAUGUGGACAUUGAAGGUUGGAGAAAAAAGCAUGGCUUGAAAAAACCUAGUCUUCUUUCCAAUGAUGAGGUAGUUGCUAAAUUGUCUCAGGAAAUUUUAGAGCAGAGUAAAAAAGUCAAAGGGUUUGAGAAGAAAACAAAAAUAAAGACUGAAAAGGUAAAAAAUUCUACAAAAGAUAAAGACAUAAUACCAGUUAUUACAUUGGACGAUGAUAAUUAUAUUGAAUCACAUACCAGAGCUCCGACAAAAGCAUUAAAACCUGAAAAUUUAUCAACAAUUGAAGAAUUGGAUACUCCUGACACGGGAAAUCAAAGCCAAUGGAGUGUAAGGAGUCCUGGAAAAUUAAAAAAAGUUUUGUCGCCUGAAACUCGCGUUGUUGUUGGUAAUAAUUUGAAUAGUAAAAAUAAUAUUGGAAUUUCCGUAAAUUUAGGUGAAUCGAUCAAAGACGGUGAAAAAAAAUUAGAAAAUACGACUCGAGAAAAGUCUGAUGAAAAUAUUAUUGAGUCUGUGUCUUCUCUGGGUAUCCUCAGUAUCCACUCUAAUAUUCUUUUGACUGAAGAAGAUAAAGAUAGAGAGGAUAAACCACUGGUACAAUUUUCAAAUAAUAAUUUAAAUAAAAAAUCAAUAGAGUCACUUUUAAUUAAUUGUAGCGCAAGAAAUUCCGUUGAACGAAUCACUAAUAUUAAGAGCGAUAAAAUAACUUCAACAAGUAGUGGAAAUAGUUUGUCAGGUUUCUCUGGUUUCUCUGGUAUUUCUGACAUAAUAAGCACUCCAGUGUCGGACACGACGCCAAUUGAUGUGGAAUCACCUCCUGAAAAAAUGGAAGACUACCUGAAGCGUAUAGGACUCGCUUCGUUAAUUCCAAUGCUUCGAAAAACUCGUGAAGCCAGCGCACUAAGUUCAUCCUCUAAUUCUGAUAUAACAAUUGCCCUAAAACGGGUAAAAUCUCCGCUUAAAAAAUCAAUUUCUGUUGUUAACAAUGGAACAACGACCAACUGGACGACUCUGCCGGGAUUCAGCGACGUUUCAUCAAUUUCUAUUAAAGAAACUACCACAAAUAAAAGUACUGAAAAGACUGUAUUGAUGAAAGCACGUACAUCAACUCCAAACAUUCCUAAUUAUUAUUCAUUGAGUGAAAAGUCUAGUUUGACAACAACGACAAGCACUACGUCCACAACCGGUGGUUUUAGUUUACCUGAACACAGCGACAGUGUUAUCGCUACGAAUUUAUCAGUCUACCUCAAGACUUGA